UGGCCUUGUAAUUUACGUGCCGAGUCAACGCCUUCGAUCCUUCAACGUUGUCAACUUCAAGUUGAAGCCGAAUAGUUGCUUCAGGCUCAACAAUCCACGAGAUCUUUCCAACUUGAAAGAACCUGCUCCUCGGCCUGGCGGAAAUCUAUUUGAACUUACCUCCAGUUCCGGGUCGAAGGUUAACGUUCGAACGUUCGGCGUACCAUCCUUAGUAGCAUUAGAGGUGUACCAUGUCCAGCUGUACAACAACCCUCGUGUUCCUCUUCCUGUUCUUCUGUAUCAGGUUAUUUCUUGCCGUAUUUUCUUACACACGCAUCAGGCUCGCCUCGGCAAACCCCAGGCCUUCACAGACCUGCAGCAUUGCUAUUUUCCUUGGUUCAGGGGGGCAUACUAGUGAAGCACUGAAGUUGGUUUCUGCGCUUGAUUUUGAUCGUUACUCCCCACGGACUUACAUAGUCAGUGAAGGCGAUACGUUUAGCGCACAAAAAGCUCUUGCCUUGGAGCACAUUAAAGCCGCUGAUCAUGCUUUCUCCGAUGAUCAACCGCAGUAUAAGCUCUUGUUUAUACCCCGUGCGCGUCGCGUGCAUCAGUCACUGCUUAGUACACCGCCAGACGCAGUCAGAUCACUACUGGCUUGCAUGCGUUUUGUCUCAGUCCGCCCAUUGUUCACGAAAGGAGCAUUCCGGCAACCAUUUGUAGACCUUCUGAUCCUCAAUGGCCCGGGAACGUGUGUCAUUUUAUGCGCAACGAUUUUUCUGAAUAGGCUUAUCGGACUACCUAGCCCACGGGUUAUGUACGUUGAGUCUUUCGCCCGUGUCAAAUCUCUGUCACUUUCUGGAAAGCUGCUCUAUCAUUUUACCGAUCGCUUCGUAGUCCAGUGGCCUGGUCUGGUGCAACCCGGCGGUCGAGAAAUUUACCGCGGGUGCCUUGUAUGACAUAUAAUAAUUGUUAUUUAAUCGACGGGGCUCAUUGUAUUCAACUGUGGAGUCACAUGUAGUUGUCAUGCAGUCAUCAUUGACAAGUACUAGCUACUCGGCUCUGAGGCUAGGCCUAAUUUAUGACGUCUGUUCCAUUACAACUUUCUCUAACACAGGUUUCUUACGUUCGAUUCUUGGACAACGGUGUAACGACAUCUCCGAAGAAAGUUAUUGCUUCCUUACUUGCUUGGCAGCCUUGAUACACACGUCAUUAAUCUGUUGCUCACCACAUCGACCUCCAAUCAUUUCAAGCGGUUCGGUGAGAAGUAUUCGGUGCCGCAAUAAUGAAACGCAAGACAACUAGAU